AACGGUUUGUACAACUUUACAGCAUAAAAAUGCUAACAACAUUCAUCCAUGUACUCACUUUCUUGUUUUGAUAACAGUAGCGCCCGGACCAACUUUAGUAGUAUCCGGACCAACUUGGUUGAACCUGUUUAAUUGCUCUUUAUCUGAUAUCUUCUACUAGCAUAGGUAUUCAAUAACUAUGUCUACCAAGGUUUAAGAAGAUGACUUUUUUUGUCUCUGUUGUAAUUUAAAUCCUGGUCUUCCAAAGACUUUCAGGACCACUGCUCCUUUCUUGCUUCUCUUACUCAAAUAUAUUCUUACCUCUAAAAAUCUUCUUACUUCUCUAGUCCAAGAAGACAACCUGAAACAAAUAUACUACACAGAUACAAAAGUAUGCCCACCAGAAAGCAGCAAGAAGAUAUAGAAAAAAGUGAAAACAGGUUACAGGAAGAGAUGAGAGCUCCUCUCAUCACUCAAACAAAUACAAGAGUAACAGAAGAGCAGGCAGAGAAUGGCUGCUAUGAGAAGAAGCAAAGCAGGUGCAUGGUUUACCUCAGCACAUUUGUGGCAGUGUGUGGUUCCUUUGCAUUUGGAUCUUGUGCUGGCUACUCCUCACCAACACAGUCCGCAAUCAGGGAAGAUCUUAAUUUAUCUAUAGCAGAGUAUUCCGUCUUUGGUUCAAUACUGACAUUUGGGGCGAUGAUUGGAGCAAUCACAAGUGGUCCAAUUGCUGAUUAUAUUGGCCGCAAAGGGGCAAUGAGAGUGUCGAGCGCUUUCUGUGUUGCUGGGUGGUUAGCCAUUUAUUAUGCUCAGGGAGCUCUUUCUCUGGACAUUGGAAGAUUGGCAACAGGAUAUGGAAUGGGAGUUUUUUCUUACGUGGUGCCUGUAUUUAUAGCUGAAAUUGCACCUACAGACUUACGAGGAGCUUUAACAACGAUAAACCAGCUGAUGAUAUCUACUGGAGUCUCAGUUGCCUUCAUCAUAGGAACUAUGAUGACAUGGAGGACUUUGGCAUUAACAGGAUUAGUACCAUGUGUUGUUCUCCUUUUUGGUCUCUUCAUCAUUCCAGAGUCUCCUAGGUGGUUGGCGAAAAUAGGACAUCAAAAGGAGUUUGAAAUUGCAUUGCGCAGACAUCGAGGCAAAAAUGCUGACAUAUCUGAGGAGGCGGCUGAAAUCCAGGAUUAUAUAAAAACGCUUGAAAAGCUUCCCAAAGCCAACUUGUUUGAUUUGUUUCAAAGAAGAUACAUGCGCUCAGUCAUAGUAGGAGUUGGCCUUAUGGUGUUUCAACAAUUUGGUGGAAUCAAUGGAGUCAUUUUCUACACUGGUAGCAUAUUUGAGUCCGCAGGAUUCCCCUCUGACAUCGGAACUAUAAUCUUUGCAAUUGUGAAGCUUCCCAUCAACGCAUUCGGUGCAGUCAUAAUUGACAGAGCAGGAAGAAAACCUCUUCUAUUGGUUUCUUCAACAGGACUUGUCAUCGGCUGUAUAUUAACUGGAAUCUCAUUCUAUCUGAAGGGACAUGAAAUUGCAGUAAAGGCAGCACCGAUACUUGCGUUAACAGGCACACUGGUCUAUAUCGGGGCCUUUUCAGCAGGAAUGGGAGCAAUUCCCUGGGUUGUAAUGUCGGAGAUAUAUCCUAUAAACAUUAAAGGGGCUGCUGGGAGUCUUGCAACACUAGUGAAUUGGUUUGGGGCAUGGGCUUGCUCUUACACUUUCAACUUCCUCAUGACCUGGAGCUCUUUUGGAAAGUCCAUUUAUCCAUCACAGUAAAAGAAUAAUUGACAGAAGGAAGGAGAAACUAACAAGAGGGAAGGGGAAUAAACAGUUUACUGCAUAACAAGACAGCUAAAGGUUUUAGAUCAAAGAUUAGAUAUUUCUACUCACAUUAUUGGUUUCACCGGUUGCAGGUACUUUCAUGCUUUAUGCUGCAGUCAAUGCACUCUCCAUUUUGUUUGCGAUCAAGAUAGUACCUGAAACCAAAGGAAGAACUUUGGAACAAAUCCAGGCUUCUAUUAAUUCAUGAUAAAAUACCUUAGAACCUUAGUUCAUCUUUCGAACUGAAAUUUAUUAAAUAGCCAGAGAGAUAUCAGGAAGCAUACUGUACUCAUUGAUUUAUAUUUCAGAAUCCUAGCAUUCUGCUCGCUUC